GACGGGAAUUGCGACGAGAUUGGAGACACUUGGCGAGGUAACAAAUGGGCUCACUUCGGCUCACGCGCCUCUCCCCCCGGGCGCCGUCGCUCGCUCGCGCGCUCGCUCCCCGAGCUGCUGCGCGGGCUCCGUCACCACAACACACUUUGGCACGUUGGCUCGCUCGCUCUCUGUAGCGCUGGAGCCAGCAGUCAAGAUGCAGCAGCAAGAACGACUCUCCUCCGACCCGCUGGCAGACGCGCCGUGUCCGUCGAGGCGCUGGAUGACGCGCGGCCACUCCUAUGAGGAGCGGAGCGCUUGGAACCCCAAGUACUGUGUGCUCGCUGACUGCCAGAUGCUGCUGCUGAACGAGGAGGAGGUGGAGCGGCGCCCUGCGUCAUGCAAAGUCCAUCUUCUGCGACGCACCAUCAGCGUUCCGGUAGAAACGCAGUUCCCAGAAUUCCACAGCCAGCUGUCCACACAGAGCGAGUCGCCUCCGGACAGGACGGGGCGCCGCCGCAGCGUGCCAGGCAGCUCCUUGGAGAAGACCACGCCCACCAUGGAGGCCGCGCCCCCCGCCACCGCCGCCACGCCUUUCAAAGUCACCGUGAGUACUGGCUUCCUGAGUCGACGGCUAAAGGGCUCCAUUAAACGCACAAAGAGCCAGCCCAAGCUGGACCGCAACUCCAGCUUCAGGCACAUCCUCCCCGGCUUCAGGAGCGUCGACAACGACAGAUCUCAUCUGAUGCCAAGGCUGAAGGAGUCUCGUUCCCAUGAGUCAUUGCUCAGCCCCAGUAACGCCGUGGAAGCUCUGGACCUAAGUAUGGAGGACGAGGUUAUCAUCAAGCCUGUUCACAGCAGCAUCCUCGGGCAGGACUACUGCUUUGAGGUCACCACCUCCACGGGAACCAAGUGUUUUUCUUGCCGCUCGUCAGCCGAGAGAGACAAAUGGAUGGAGAAUCUGAGACGGGCAGUGCAGCCCAACAAGGACAACAGUCGACGGGUGGAGAACCUGCUGAGGCUGUGGAUCAUCGAGGCCAAGGACCUGCCGGCCAAGAAGAAGUACUUUUGCGAGCUGUGCCUGGACGACGCGCUCUACGCCCGCACCACCUGCAAACUCAAGACCGACAACGUGUUUUGGGGGGAGCACUUCGAAUUCAACAACCUGCCCGCCGUCAAGAACGUCACGGCGCACCUCUACAAAGACACCGACAAGAAGAAAAAGAAAGACAAAAACAAUUACAUCGGACUCGUCAACAUCUCCGUGGCGGCGGUUACCGGGCGCCAGUUUGUGGAGAAAUGGUAUCCAGUCAGCACGCCCACCCCCCCGAAGGGCAAGGCGGCCGGGCCCAUGAUUAGAAUCAAGGCCCGCUAUCAGAGCAUGAGCAUCCUUCCCAUGGAGAUGUACAAGGAGUUCGCAGAGUACACCACCAAUAACUACAUGCUGCUGUGCUCCGUGCUGGAGCCUGGGAUUAGCGUCAAGAACAAAGAGGAGAUGGCGUGUGCACUCGUCCACAUUCUGCAGAGCACCGGCAAGGCCAAGGACUUCCUCACAGACUUGAUGAUGUCAGAGGUGGACCGCUGCGGGGAGAACGAGCAUCUCAUCUUCAGAGAAAACACGCUAGCCACAAAGGCCAUAGAGGAAUACCUCAAACUGGUGGGACAGAAGUACCUGCAGGACGCCCUCGGAGAGUUCAUCAAGGCGCUGUAUGAGUCGGAUGAGAACUGUGAGGUGGACCCAUCCAAGUGUUCAUCAGGUGACUUACCAGAACACCAGGGUAACCUGAAGAUGUGCUGUGAGUUGGCCUUCUGCAAAAUCAUCGAAUCAUACUGCGUCUUCCCCCGGGAGCUGAAGGAAGUGUUCGCCUCGUGGCGGCAGGAAUGCAGUAACCGAGGCCGACCCGACAUCAGCGAGCGCCUGAUCAGCGCCUCCCUCUUCCUGCGCUUCCUCUGCCCGGCCGUCAUGUCGCCCUCGCUCUUCAACCUGAUGCAGGAGUACCCCGACGACCGCACGGCGCGCACGCUCACGCUGAUCGCCAAAGUCACCCAGAACCUGGCCAACUUCACCAAGUUCGGGAACAAGGAGGAGUACAUGUCGUUCAUGAACCAGUUCCUGGAGCACGAGUGGACCAACAUGCAGCGCUUCCUGCUGGAGAUCUCCAACCCGGAGACGAUCUCCAACACGGCCGGGUUCGAAGGGUACAUCGACCUCGGCAGGGAACUCUCCACCCUGCACUCCCUCCUCUCUGAGGUGGUGUCGCAGAUGGACCAGACCGCCGCCUCCAAGCUGGGCCCUCUGCCCAGGAUCCUGCGGGAGGUGAACGCGGCCCUGUCCAACCCCUCCAGUGUCCAGAUGACACCCGGCCAGUCCUCGGAGCCCAUGGGGUCGCCUCCCGCCGAGGCCGGCUGCAGCAUCUCCACCGGCCUGCAGAAGAUGGUCAUCGACAGCGACAUUUUGGUUGACUUUACUCGACUGCCCUCCCCCACCCCAGAAAAUAAGGACCUUUUCUUUGUGACAAGAGGCUCUGGGAUCCAGCCCUCCCCUGCUCGCAGCUCUAGUUACUCUGAGACCAAUGAGCCCGACCUGGUGAUGGCCAAUGGCAGCAAGAGUCUGUCCAUGGUGGACCUCCAGGACCCCCGCAGUCUGGAAGGCGGCCCAGGUCCCUGUGGCUCGGAUGGUCUGGUUGAAGGUACUAGUUCUGGCGUAGGCUGGUCGGCCAGAGUUCCACAGGGCAGCAUCCCUGGAGGCCCCACCCUCAGGAGACCAGGCCAAGGCCCUCUGUCCCCCGGCGCGGAAAGCACCCCGGGCCGGCCCGCCCAGCUGCUCGCCCCCCUGUCCUUCCAGAACCCGGUCUACCAGAUGGCGGCGUGUCUGCCCGUGUCCCCACGCGGGAUGACGGACUCGGGCUCAGAGUGCCACAGCUCGGUCAGUUCCCAUAGCAACAACGAGGACGGCCCAGCGGGAGGGAAGCACGCCUUCCUGAACCACGGGGGAGGCGGCGGGGGAGGGGGAGGGAGCAGCGGGGACGAGUACACCCGGCGCUCGGGGGACUUCAACCGGCGGCAGCUCUCGCUCACGGAGACCCAGCACCAGCCGGCCGUCCCCCGGCAGAACAGCGCCGGCCCGCAGCGGCGGAUAGACCAGCCGCCGCCGCCGCCCCAGAGCGUCACCCGGGGCCGCACGCCCCCGAACCUGCUCAACAGCGCCGCCUACCCCCGGCCCUCCUCCGGCAGCAUGAUGACGUCGUCGCCCGACUGGCCCGGCAGCGGCGCGCGCCUGCGGCAGCAGUCGUCCUCCUCCAAAGGUGACAGUCCUGAGACCAAGCAGAGGGCCCACCACAAACAGGCCCCCUCCCCAGUGAACCCCAGUGCGCUGGACCGCACUGCAGCGUGGCUAUUGAAUAUGAAUGUGCAGUAUUUAGACCAUGAAGGGAUGGAGCCCGAGUCACUGAGAAACAGAGAGGAUCUGACAGAGGUGGAGAAGUACCAGCAGGAGAUUGCUCUGCUGCAGGAGAAGCUGCGGGCGUCGGUGCAGAAGCUGGAGGAGUACGAGGCGCGACUGAAGGGUCAGGAUGAGCAGGCUCAGAAGGUGCUGAUGGAGUACCAGGCCCGGCUGGAGGAGUCGGAGGAGCGCCUGCGCAGGCAGCAGGAGGACAAGGACCUGCAGAUGAAGGGCAUCAUCAGCAGGUUAAUGUCAGUGGAGGAGGAGCUGAAGAAGGACCACUCAGACAUGCAGGCCGUGGUCGACUCCAAACAGAAGAUCAUCGACGCCCAGGAGAAGCGCAUAGCGUCGCUGGACGCGGCCAACGCCCGCCUGAUGAGCGCCCUCACCCAGCUGAAGGAGCGCUACAGCAUGCAGAGCCGCAACGGCAUAUCGCCCACCAACCCCACCAAGCUGCAGAUCACAGAGAACGGGGAGUUCCGCAACAGCAGCAACUGUUAGACGGGCGUCAGCCGCGCGAACGCGAGGACGUUUCCACCGACUGGCGGCGGCGGCGGCCCCUCGGAUCGGGGGAGACAGCCGGCGGGGGCAGGACUUCAGCUUGACGGACACAUCACCAGACGGCCUCCGUCGCGAGGGGGCGGCGCAGAGCGUGUACAUAUGAAACUCACCGCCGUCCGUCCGUCGAAGACUUUUAAGUCGCUGGGAUAGUUCAAGACCCUGUCAGCGCUCGGGACAAACCACUAUAUAACUACACGUCGCGGUGACCGCCAGACACGGUCGCCGUGGCAACCCUCCUCUCCUCUCCACUUGCUCGCUCUUCUCCUCCCUCCAGACAACGAAGUGGACCCACAACAACCUGCGUUAAGGAUUACGGCUUUAGCUGCUCUGAGAGGAUUACUUCCCCAUGCUUUAUUUGAAGUCAUUGUUUAUAAUGAACCAAAUAGGAGCUUAAACAUUUGAUAUUUUCAGUUCAAAACCUCUUCCUUGUCCUAGGUGUGUUCCUAAGCGACCCCCCCCCCCCCUCCCAUCCCUACGUAGUGCACUUUGAGAGAAUCUAUUGGUACAAAAAGCGCCUUAAGUAAGGAACACACCUCGACUUCAGCUCCCUCAAAAAGGCACAACUCAUCUUAUACUGUGGAUUUGUAAAGGAUAGCAAAAUAACUCAAUGUAAUAUGAACACAAAGUAAAAGAGUUCUAUGUGAUACUAUAUCCAUGAAAUUUAUGAUAGAUGUAUGCAUUUCUUUUUUUCUUCUAUAGAGUAUACACACAUACCUAUAUUUGAUAAUGUAAUGUAAAAGCAGCCCUUUAUGUAGGAGUCAGAUAUUUUAUUUUUCUUCUUGCGAUGAAAGACUGUGGUGUGUAGCUUGCUUUCGGGCCCUGGAGGAGAAACCCACCCGGAGCAGCGACGAGCACCAUCGCCUCCGUCAUACUCCAAACCUGCACCAUGAUCAGCCCUUUAAAACACGCACGCCACCACAGUAGUUCAACCGACUGCAGCGUAGCUUGCACAACUUGCACGGUCAAGUAAUUGGUUCGGCUCCUGAUGCUCGGCGCUGUUCCUUCAGACAUGGAUCGGCCGGGUCCGCGUUGGGUUUGAUUGAGUUGUGAGCCACGGGUGGUUUUCUCGCUCGAGUAGCACAAGAGCUGUUGAGAGGCGUGUUUCGACACAUGCACUCAGACUAUACACUGGACUGGUGAGCCAUUGUUAUUAUGGAGUCCUGAGUUCAAGCAUUUCCUCUCCUAAAUACUGUCAGUGAUAAUGAAGUAUGCUGCAUCCAAACUGUGACUCUUAGUGGCAUCUCUCAUCUCUCGCCCCCCCGUCUCCGCCUCGUCUCCUGAAUGUGAAGUUGCUGCGUCGUCCUAGGUCUUAAGACGCGUCGGGCCCCGCCGCGCCGCCAUCUUGUUGCUCCGCCCCCAAUUUCAAGCAUCUGUAUUUUUGUAUAUUUUUGUAUUCAUUUUUCUAACUUGUAACAAAAUAUAUUCAUCAAGCGUACGGCUCAGCGUGCUUCAUCCACGCUGUGAAGCCAGUGUCUGUCAGUAUCACCAUUUGUUUUUGUUUUUUUGUGUUGCCAAAUGGAGGAUGAUGAUAUUUUUAAGUGGCUUGCUGAAGACAUAUACAGUAAAUAUAUGAUAACUGAGUGUAUCAAGAGGCUGGACGGCCUGGGAAUGUGUACAUAAAAUGCUCACACUAUUUUUACCUAAUGUCAACAGAGCUUUUGUAAAUGUAUCUUGUGCUCAAACUCUGCUGUAUCAUUAUGGAUAUUGUAAAUACCAAAUAGCUCAGUCAGUUAUAUGUCCUCAUUGGGUAGAACUACGCAAUUAAAUUAACUUCUCAGUGUU